UGCGGUUUAGAUGUGGGGGUUGCCGUGGCGGUGCCGCCGCUGCUGUCGCCUGGCUCGAAGGGGCAGCGGAGCGGGUCCGGUUGGGUGGCUUGGCGGAGAAGAUGGCGGAGGAGGGCGGCGGUGCUAGCGCCAGCGCGGGGACGGGGUUCCGAAUAGGCGUCAGCCUGGCGGAGAUAGCGGAGUCGUUGGGCUCGUCCGAGCAGGCGCUGCGCCUCAUCCUGUCCAUCUUCAUGGGAUACCCUUUUGCCUUGUUCCAGCGCUAUUUCCUUUUCCAGAAAGAGCUCUACCUCAUUCACCUGUACAACACGUUAACGGGGCUCUCACUUGCUUACUUCAACUUUGGGACACAGUUCUGCCACUCCUUCAUAUGUGUCUUCAUCCAGUUCCUUAUCCUGAGGCUCAUGGGCCGCACAGUCACUGCUGUUGCCACAACUUUCUGCUUUCAGAUGUCAUAUCUGAUGUUCGGCUAUUACUUCACUGCCACAGAACACUAUGACAUCAAAUGGACCAUGCCACACUGUGUCUUGACUCUCAAAUUGAUUGGCUUGGUCAUUGAUUACUAUGAUGGCAGAAAGGAAGUGGAGGCCCUGACCCAUGAACAACAGCAAUUUGCUGUUCGGGGAGUUCCUUCUUUACUAGAGGUCUCUGGCUUCUCCUAUUUCUAUGGUGCCUUCAUGGUGGGGCCUCAGUUCUCCAUGACACAAUAUCACAAGCUGGUCAAAGGCGAGCUCACGGAUGUUCCAGGCCAACAACCCAGCAGCUUUGUGCCUGCUCUUAAGCGUCUUCUCCUGGGACUCUUCUUCAUGGUAGUCUACAUUAUAGCAGCACCAUAUGUUUCUGAAGAAUACCUCAUCUCUGAUGAGUAUCUGGAGCAAAGCUUCUGGUUCCGCUGCUUUUAUAUACUCAUCUGGGGCAAGAUAAUGCUCUACAAAUAUGUUACAUGCUGGUUAGUCACGGAAGGAGUCUGCAUCCUAACAGGUCUUGGAUACAAUGGAAAAGAUGAAAAGGGGAUGGCAAAGUGGGAUGCUUGUGCCAACAUGAAAGUGUGGCUCUUUGAGACAACUCCGUAUUUUACAGGGACCAUUGCCUCCUUCAACACUAAUACCAAUGCCUGGGUGGCCCGCUAUAUCUAUAAAAGAUUAAAAUUCUUGGGAAACAAGUUACUGUCACAAGCCAUAUCCUUAUUUUUUUUGGCUGUCUGGCAUGGACUGCACAGUGGCUACUUGGUGUGCUUCCAAAUGGAGUUCCUUAUUGUUAUGGUUGAGAGACAGCUUAUCAGCCUCGUACAGGACAGUCCGUCUCUGACUUCCCUGGCCUCACUCACCAUCUUAAAACCUGUCUUCUAUGUCCUUCAGCAAGCUAUCCACUGGAUGUUCAUGGGAUAUUCUCUGGUGCCAUUUUGCCUCUUCAGUUUUAAUAAGUGGAUGAAGGUAUACAAGUCUAUUUAUUUUGUAGGCCACAUAUUGUUCUUCACAUUACUGUUCGUAUUGCCUUACAUCCGAAAAAUACUUGUGCCACGAAAGGAAAAGUUAAAGAAAGCUGAGUAACAACCAAAAGAUUGUACCAUGUGUGCAUUUAUUAUGGGGAUGGUUGAAGCAUCACCUGCCAAACUUCUGCGGUCAAGCCCUGCCAGGGUGACUAGGGGCAAAAAGAGCACAGGGGCUAAGACCCCAAAAUGAGGGGUCCUGGCUGCAAACUCCUCCACCCCAUUUACAGGUUGCCUUAUCUUUUAAUGUCUCCCCAUGGACACUCCUGUUGCUGGAAUUGUCAGAUGAUUGUAAAGCACUUGAUGCAGCUGCCAUCUGGGAAUGGAGCCACCACUUGACUUUUUCUACUGAACAAUUCUGCUAGAUAAAAUUGGUCCCAGUUGGUUUUUCA